GAAAGGUAGCCCAGUUGUGUUUGCCAGACAAAAACUAACACCGGCAGAAUGAUGAACGUCAACAGAUUUGUCUCCUUGUCCAAGUCUCUUCAGGUGGGGAAGAGGAUAAUGGUGUGUAACACGACACACACUGUGAGAGAAGAACUCAGUCUGCAGCAGCGGAGGUGUUUUAAAACUCAGACCAGACAGCUCGCUUAUGCCAAGGAUCUGUUCCUGGGUCAGGUGAACAAGGCUGAGGUCUUCCCUUAUCCAGAAAUUGGAAAUGAAGAAGUGGACGAGAUCAACCAGCUUGUUGCACCAGUGGAAAAAUUCUUCAGUGAAGAAGUUGACUCAUCGAGGAUUGACCGGGAAGCCAAAAUCCCUCCAGAGACUUUGAAUGGGUUGAAAGAGCUUGGGCUGUUUGGAGUCCAGAUUCCUGAAGAGUAUGGGGGUCUCGGAUUGUCCAACACCAUGUAUGCACGACUGGCAGAGAUCACCUCAUUAGAUGGCUCUAUUGCUGUAACACUGGCUGCCCAUCAGGCCAUUGGACUAAAGGGGAUUCUGAUUGCAGGGAGUGAAGCACAGAAGCAGAAGUAUUUGCCCAAAUUGGCCUCAGGAGAACACAUAGCAGCUUUCUGUCUGACAGAGCCUGGAAGUGGAAGCGAUGCAGCCUCUAUUCAGACCCGAGCAACGCUGUCAGAAGACGGAAAACAUUACCUGAUCAACGGAUCGAAGAUUUGGAUUUCAAACGGAGGGAUGGCUGAUAUUAUGACGGUGUUUGCGAGGUCAGAGGUGGUUGUAGAUGGCGUGAAGAAAGAUAAGAUCUCUGCCUUUAUCGUGGAGAGGGCUUUCGGGGGAAUCACUAGUGGCAAGCCUGAGGACAAACUUGGCAUCCGGGGCUCCAACACUUGUGAAGUAUCCUAUGAGAACGUCCCAGUGCCACUGGAGAAUGUAAUUGGAGAAAUAGGUGGUGGAUUCAAGAUUGCCAUGAACAUCCUCAACUCAGGGAGAUUCAGUAUGGGUAGUUCUUCUGCUGGAAUGAUAAAAAAGCUGAUAGAGUUGACCGCUGAGUAUGCUGCAACCAGGAAGCAGUUUAACAAAAGCCUGAGUGAAUUUGGUAUGAUUCAGGAGAAGUUUGCAUUGAUGACCAUUAAUGCAUUUGUGAUGGAGAGCAUGGCAUACCUGACAGCAGGAAUGAUGGACAAACCAGGACUUCCAGACUGUUCCGUAGAGGCCGCCAUGGUCAAGGUGUUCAGCUCAGAGGGAGGUUGGAUUUGUGUGAGUGAAGCUCUUCAGGUCCUCGGAGGUCUGGGUUAUACAAAGAACUACCCCUUCGAGCGCUACGUCAGGGACUGUCGCAUCCUGCCUAUCUUUGAGGGGACCAAUGAAAUUUUGAGGAUGUACAUCGCUCUCACUGGAAUGCAAUAUGCUGGAAAAGUCCUCACAGGGAAAAUAAAGGAGAUGAAGAAGGGAAAUAUUGGUCUGGCUAUGGGCAUGUUAAGCAAGAAAUUGAAGAGCUCAUUGGGAGGUUCAGUGGACUAUGGCUUGACAGGAAAAGAUGGAGUGGUUCAUCCCAGCCUGGCGGAGAGUGCAAAGAAAUUUGAACAGAACGCGAACUCCUUUGGAUCGACUGUGGAGAGCCUGCUGUACAGAUAUGGAAAGACGAUAGUGGAUGAACAGCUCGUCCUGAAGAGAGUAGCAGAUGUGCUGAUCAACCUCUACGCAAUGACAGCCGUCCUGUCCAGAGCCAGCCGCUCCAUCAGCAUUGGCCUCAGGAAUCACGACCACGAGGUGCUGCUGGCAAACACCUUCUGCAGCGACGUUCACUUCAAGAACAAUUACUUGAUGACUCAGUUGCAAAAACACUCUCCUGAGAACAACGAUGCCAGCAUCAAGAAGAUCGCCAAGGAGGUCUUGGACAACAGAGCUUACAUCUGCUCUCACCCUCUAGAAAGAACAUACUGAGCUUGCUCCACAUCUGAAUAUAAUACAGUGACUCCUCUAUUCUGAUUGGACGGUACAGGCAGGUCCAAUCCACAGUGAUUUGUAUCAGCACUAACUUUGAAAGCAGUCCAUUUUUAACAUUAUUUGUACAGUUGAUCAAUAAAUUAAAGGAUUAGUCCUUGUAUUAUAUCAGACAUGGCUUCAAAGAUAGAAAUGAUUGGAUAAUGAGAUUUAAUAUGAAGUUUUAUCCAAAGUGCUCCUUAUCUUCAGAACUGUAAUGAAAUAUUGCACAACCACAUCAUGUGAUACUGAUGCUAGUUUUAUUGCUUGUGAGGCUAUUUGGUAUACAAAGGACAGUCUUUGUGGAUUUUGGCUUCUACAAUGUUCCUGAAGGGCUGGACGGUUGACGAGCGUGUCUUCAUAUCGGGGGCACGCUCCCGAAAAGUGAAGAUGCUCUUUUCCUCAUCCGUCAGAGGUGAUGCCGUCCGCUUGUAAAGGAAUGAGUGCUGCUUGCAGAAUGCCCUGUAAGAAGCAGUGGAACACAUCAGGUCAAAGCAAAAAUAAUGCAGCUUUACUUUUCUUUCUCUAAUUUCUUUUAAAUAAAGGUUUAACUUGA